AAUUGUUUUAUUAGUAUUAUUAAUGAUAGAUAUUAAUGAUUUUCGACUGGUAUGGGAAAAAGCUGGUGUUCUUUCAGGACGCUGGGACUCUAUUGGUAUUCUGUUAGGAAUUAGCUACAACAAGCUAUAUGAGAUUGAAUCAGAGACAAAGACGGCCAGAGGUUGUCUACAGAAAGUAUUUGAUUGCUGGUUAAAGAAGGACUAUGACUAUAAGAGUCAUGGUGUCCCUACAUUAAGAAUGCUGUGUAACUCCAUUAAAAGUAAUAGUGGAGGAGCUGAUCCAGCUCUAGCUGAUGAAAUAGCAAAAGAAUUUAAUCUUACCAGUAGUGGAGAGGCUACUACAUCACCAGUUGAUACUUCAUCUUCUGAAGAAGCUACUCCAACUGUUGAGCUACCAGUUCCCACUUCACCUCAAUCUGAGUCUUCAGUUGUUUACGUUAAGAAGAAAUCAACUGAAUAUUCACCAAAAAACCUGACACGAAUGAUUGGAGAUCUACAAGAAAUUUACCUUGAUAAUAUGCGUUUUACUAAAAAAUCAUUUUAUUCUAUUGAUGUCUCAGAAGUUGUUGAUUUUAUUCAAGACUAUAUCGCACUUUUACUCAGUCCACGUUUUUGUAAAACUCAAAUCAUCAAUUCAAUUGAAAAGGAGUUUGACACAUUAAGACAAUGAAGCAGUUGUUUAAGGGUUUAGA